AUGUCAAGUGUUUCAGAAGACAACAGCUCAAAUUCACCAGAAGACUCUAUAGACGAAGACUUAAAGCCGAAAAAUAUCAAGGAACUGAGAUUAAUACGAAACAAAUAUUUUUCAAAAUUUCUUCUCGCCAAAUUAGAAUAUUCAAUUUCCAACCAAUCUUGGAAAGGAAUUUACGAUCUUGAACAAUUAUACAAAGUACGUUUACCGCCUCUGAAAAUCGUCAAUAAACUGAAAGAUUUAUACGGUCAGCAAAUUCCAAUCCAUACAACUGAAUUCGGUGCAUACGUGCAUGUGAAACAUGCAGUUAUGUUAUUGGUGGCAACGAAUCAAGAUAUAUUGAGAAGAAAAAUUCAAACAGAUAAUCGUGAUCUACUACUAGCGUUAUGGUGGAUAUUCUCCACAUGA